UAAUGCACUACACUUCCCAGAAUGCCGUAGUUCCUUCUCGACGUAGCAACAACCAGUUACCGGGACAGUUCAUUUAGAUACAACUAAUAAAAUAAUGUAUUGUAUGCAAUGAAUAGGAACGCUUAGCCGUAACUCAUAAUUUAUGUAUUGACCAUGAGACCAGCGUCAUCCCUCUCUCUCCUUUUGGCCUUGCGUCAGUAGAAUUAGCUAACGUUAGCCGGAUAACUGUUAGCUUGAGUUAGCCACAAGUCGCUGGUUGUUGACACUUUCUGUCGACAUGUAUACUUUAUUAUCCGGACUGUACAAGUACAUGUUCCAGAAGGACGAGUACUGCAUACUGAUCCUGGGCCUGGACAACGCGGGGAAGACGACCUUUCUAGAGCAGACCAAGACAAAGUUCAGCAAGAACUACAAGGGGAUGAGUUUGUCUAAGAUCACCACCACAGUCGGCCUGAACAUCGGGACCAUCGACGUGGGCAACGCUCGCCUUAUGUUCUGGGACCUCGGAGGUCAGGAGGAGCUGCAGUCUCUGUGGGACAAAUACUACGCAGAGUCCCACGGGGUCAUCUAUGUCAUCGACUCAACAGAUGAAGAGCGCCUCUCAGAGUCAAAAGAGGCCUUCGAGAAAAUGAUCACCAGCGAGUCCUUGGAAGGAAUCCCACUGCUGGUCCUGGCCAACAAGCAGGAUGUAGAGAACUGCCUGUCCGUGCCGGACAUUAAGACAGCCUUCAGCGACUGUGCGCCCAAAAUAGGCAAGAGGGAUUGCCUGGUGCAACCGUGCACCGCGUUGACCGGGGACGGGGUCAACGAGGGCAUCGAGUGGAUGGUCAAGUGUGUGGUGAGGAAUCUGCUGCGGCCCCCGAGACAGAAGGACAUCACAUGAGAAGCUGGCAGGGACCCCCCCUCAAGGCCCGGCCCCCAGCACUCAUUCUGACUGGGAUACCCAACCCAAUCUAUUGACCCUCCUGUUGAAGUGCAGGAGGCCGCCUUGCCCUGUCUCGUUUGUUCCUGUUUCCUCAUUGCUGUGGGGCUGAGCCGUCGUUCCUCGUGGUCCCGUUUGGUGCCCUGCUCGAGGCCCUGCGUGAGGCCUUCCUCUGGGCCCCACACAGGGCCCCACACAGGGCCCCAUACAGGGCCUCACACAGGGCCCCAUACAGGGCCUCAAAAGCUUUAAGCCCUGUGUGUUGGGCCCUGUGUGGGCCCUCCCCAUGGCCCUAUUUGGGGCACUCCAUGUGGCCAUGUUUGGGGCCCUCCGCAAGGCCCUGAGUGGGGCCCUCUAGAUGUACACGGUGUGAGGUGCUUUGUUUGAGCUGUCAUACCGAUGGAGGACGCCCGGGGAUGUUCCCUCUCCUCUGCCCGGAACAUUAUUUUCUUUUUGCAUCCCACACACAGUAAGAUGUGAAGUGUAGAUUGCUGUGAUGUGAACCCUUGAUCCUUGAGUCCACACGGCCCUCUGGCCAGCUGUCCUCUCUGUCCGCUGACCGGAGCCAGGAGCCCCAAGGGCCGCCGCGGGAUCCAAUGCAUUUUACACAUUGAUUAAAAUAACUUUUGUACUCUGAA